AUGGUUGAUCGAGGACAUUUGGACCAGCAAGUCAACAUCCGCUUCCAGGAGGAAGAAGGAAUUACAAUCAACGCCCCUGUCCGCCAGCGUUUCAUGCCACAUGGAUUUGAACCAACAGAAUGGUCCGUCAUCUGUGGACGUGGACGAGACUGCUAUGACCAUGCUGGAAACAGACGCCUGCGCGUAAUGGUAGAAGAGAACCUGGACAAGUACCAAGAAACUAAGAACAAGUUUCAAAAGACCCUUAUCGUUACGUCAAUUAUCGACACCGUGAGAGAAGCCUGCAACAAUGGCGGUGCUUUCGUUCGUAAGGACACUAAGAAAGGUCGUUGGUUUGAGAUAGGAGACGAGGCCAGCCGUGAGAAGAUUGGCCAGAUGCUCCGCGAGGCACUCAUCCGCAAGUGCCCUCAGAAACUAGAAGCUAAGAAGCGCAAGCGCCGCGAGAAAACCAAGCGAUCCAGCUCGAGCACCAGCUCGAGCACCGCAUCCAUCGGAUCCGCAGCUGCAAAGGUGCAAGAGUCUGUUUCCGCUUCGCUCGGCGAUCGAUCCAUGUCAGCUCCUGCUGCAAUGCUGCCUAUGACGCGCCACCAGCCAGCUAUGCAGCCAACUCCCCUACCAACAGGACCUUUGCCUACUGGUGUUGGACGAUUCCUCGAAUCGCAAGGUGUUAUUCCACACCAAAACGAUAGUCAGUACUACUUGCAGCUAGAACGGUUGCGAACGGCAAGCUUGUUUAACGCUGCUGAUCUGGAACCUACGGCAAUGCGUGAGCAAGUAUCCCAUGGCAGUCACAAUACCCAUCACUCCAGCGCCAAUAGUAGCUUUGCCGCUGCGCAAAAUGUAGCACGCGCUCCCCAGGUAGUCAACAACAUCCAGGUCAACAACUUCCACCAGAUGCAGCCAAACAACUAUGAAGACCUUCCUCCCAUGGUCUGGCCUUGGAUGGAACAAGACAACUAG